CAUAUCUCCUCACUUUUUCCUUUGGUGUCAUCAUACAAUCAUCUUUUAUUAUAUAAAGUUUUCUUCUCUUUUCCACAUACUUAUGCAAACGCAUUCACUCUAUCAUUCACACCUGCAUCAUUAUUCCUGGUGCUGAAGUCAACUUUAUUAUGGAUCCUCUACUUUUACCUGCAGAAAUAUUUGAAAAGAUCAUUUUACUUUUACCUCGUCAACAAUUCUUCGAAUAUCGGCUUGUAUCUCGCGGUUGGCAAAAGUCUCGCCUAUUUGACUACCGUCAACUGUACCAUACUGUGAACAUUACCAAUGUACGACGUAUGCAAUCCUUUCUGCGCCUUCUUCUGUGGUCUUCCAAGCAAUAUCAUGUGGCUUCUACCAAAUCCUCUUUACCCAUUGGCCAUUAUAUUCGACGGCUCUAUGUCAAUCUGUCUGUUAGCGUAAACAAAGACCGACAUAACUUGUUUCAAUAUCUGUGUCCUUUUGUUGAAUUCUUUGAACAUUACUCUUCAUCUCGCCUGGAUUCGUUCUGGCCAGCCCUUCCAUUCCAAGAUGACGAAUUUUUCUAUAAAGAUCCCUAUUACGUCUACUUUUUCCCUCAAUGGCGACAUUUGAAGAAUCUUACGUCCCUCUACACCGAAACAUCUGGAUAUUGGAAAGAUCAUCUCUCCCAGCAACUGACACAUUUGACUAUUGACAUCUGUAAUGGCUCUGACCCCUACUUUUUGCCUUUACCAUCCAUGCCUUGUCUUGUCGAAAUUAGAUUAAGGUUUGUGCAUCUUGAUGCUGACUCCCUGGACAUGAUGAACACCUCAGCACCACAGCUCAUGACUUUUCGCCUUGAACUAUGCAGACUUCUUCCUAUGAAAACAACAACAGCAGCAGCAAGACCCUUAACAUCUUUACGUACUUUGACAUUUCGAAAAAUGGAACCUCCUGAUUCAUCCUGGCGAUCAUUUUUUGCGACAAGAUACCCUAACUUGGAAAAAUUCGACAGCAGCAUUCCUUUUGGAAGUCAACAUCCUUCACAGCAAGCUGAAAUGGUGGCUGGCUUUCCUCGAUUACGCAUCCUUGGCUUGGAAACACGAUAUUAUAAACCGCAUGAGUCACUGUUGCAUUACUUACGACUCAAAAGUUCGAUCAUCGGAAUGGAAGAUGUGCGUCUGGAAAAUCUUUGGAAUAAAGCAAUGGAAGAUAUAGGGAAUGCGACCUACAUGGAAGAUUACUGUUGGUUCAUUGGAUGUCUCCAACCAACGUUGAAAUCAUUGUAUAUCACUCCACUAUCUUUGUGUCCCGGUAUCUCCUUAGUGGAUAUGAUGAGGCCUCUGUCCUUUUGCCAUGACUUGACUGCAUUGACCUUGAGUUUCGUUGAUAACCCUGACUACUCUGUGGACGUAACCUCCAUUUUGGAUGCCUGCCGGAAUCUAAUUAGUCUCGAAGUGAAAUAUGGUAUAUUGACAGCGUCAUCACCUCCACCAUCAUCAGCAACAUCAUCAUCAUCGGCGACAUCAUCAGCAGUAUCAUCAUCAUCAUUGGCGACAUCAUCAGCAACACCACCAUCAUCAUACAACAACAAUCUGAUAAAACUGCAAUUGAUCGACUGCGCCUUUGAUUCCUCUUUAUUUAGUUAUAUCAACAAGUCGUGUAGGAACUUGGAACAGCUGACGAUCCGAUGGUUUCAACUUGACGACAACACUCCACCAUGGGAAUAUAGGACUCAGUAUAUAGAGAUGGACUUGUCGGAUAUUGGACUGGAAGCAUGCACUUUGGAUUUGGGAUAUAAUCACGAUUUGAUUGUUAUUACAGGGUCCACACAGAAAGAAGAAAAACGAUUUUGGUUGCGAUUGAACAGCUAUGAUGAUUAUAGUCUUGUAACAUUCAGUGAAACUCCAUUUCCUGACAGAAACCUUUAUUAUGAAGACGAAACACAUUGGCCGUCCUUGACAGAAGCUAUACCCGGGGAUCACUAUUGGGAACAGAUAGACUCAUUGAAUAGAAAAGAAAGAAGAAAAAGAAGAAGAAGAAGAGACGUUACGAAUAGUGUUAUUAGACUUAGAUGUAGAUACCUCAAAGAUUUAUGUUAUUGAUUACAGAUAUAGAUUAAAGGUCCAAUUUUAUUCCAUUAUUGGUGUUUUUU